CUUCGAUUGCUAAUGCAUAACUUGGUCAUUGGGACUAGUCUGUCGCUGUCUGCGUGAAGACUAGCUUCGUAGGUCUUGUGCCGUCGUGCCGGCCUCCGCUCUGCCCCGUCGAGUUUCUUGUUGCGUUUAUCCCUCUCCCUCUCUCUUUUCCCUUUCGGCUCCUUGCCGCUCGCCUACGGGGUCGUCGCCGAACGUCGACCCGAGUCUACGUGCCUAGUCGCCGCGACAUUAGGUCGAGAUCUCUCCCCGGGUGCUGACGCUCUGAACAAGAGUGUCCCCGCCGCCGCUACAUUGUCUCCCCCACCCUGGACUGCGCCGGCAGACUUCACGCGUGGGACGCCGAAGACCAAGACUACUGUCACCGACGGAAGGACCUAGACGACGGACUCUGGUACUGGGUACCGUGCGAGCAAAACCCCUGCCCGAACCGUCAUCACCGUCCUGCUCGGAUCAACUGGAACACCUUUUCGGACGAGUUCAUCCCAGUUCCUGACUCCCCCGUUGCUGAGUCGCCCACGACUCGAUCCCCCAUCCCCGGUACUCCGACUGACGAGCUUGAAGUAGCGCUACUCAUCGCGCUUCCCCCAUCCCCUAUCAUCCCCCCAACCCGUCCGCCGUCCGCUCCACCCAUCAUGGGACAACAAGGCGGACAACCGCAGACGACAGGCCCCGCCAACAACCCCCAGCAGGCCCAACCGGGCACCCAGACGGCAACGCAACCCCCGGACCCCAUGACGGUGUUACUCCAGUCGAUGACUCUCCUCACCCAGUCCAUGGCGCAGCUCGCAAACUCGACCACCGGGACCAGCAGUCUGAAGGCUAUUCAGAAGCCCUCCGCCUUCAAAGGCGAACAAGGAGGUGAGGCACGGCGUUUCCUGGCAGCGUUCACCCUUUGGGCCAUGUCCCAAGGUUCGACGCUCAACCAUGUCGAUGCCAUGGGCAACGCGAUCAGUGCGCGGGACGACCAGUGGAUUCGGGCGGUCCUCUCGUUUAUGCAGGACAGCGCAGCUCUUUGGGCCACUCCGGCGAUGGAGGAGAUCACGCAGGGCACCACCCCGCUCAAAGGAUCGUGGACCGAGUUCCGUACUCAGUUCAAGGCCCGUUUCGAGACGGUUGACGAGGCGGUCGACGCAAAGGAACGUCUCCGUACGCUAUGGCAAGGCACCAUGACCGUUCCGGAGUACGCCGCAUGGUUCAACGAGCUCUCCACCCGCACCGGCUACUCCAAGGCAGACCUCCGCGACCGCUUUUACGAACACCUUGCGGACUCCAUCAAGGACGAGCUGGUGCACAUGGCAAGGCCAAAUGCGUCCCUGGACGAUCUCAUCACCGUCUCCUCGGACAUCGAUGUCCGGCCCACGGCCCCGCUGCACACCACCCCCUUCGCGCCUCCGUCGAGGGACCCGAACGCAAUGGACAUCGAUGCAACCCGUGCGCGCAGAUGUUACGGCUGUGGGUCUACGGCGCAUGUUAAGAAGGAUGGCGGCCACGACCGGGACAUCUGUGGCUACUGUCGCUGCGUAGGGCACCGCGAGACAGUAUGCAUGGACAAGUUCCUGAAGAAGCCCCGCUCGCAGAAGCUCGCUGCCACGGAGGAGGGACCUGAGGAACCCCAGGUUGCAGCAUCGACGUCGACGUCCGCAGAUGCUGGAGCGACCAACGCUCUCAUCGCACAGCUCAUGGAGCAGCAGAAGGCCCUUGCAGACCAGCUUGCCUCCCUGCAGAAGUCUUUUUAGAGCGGGCGCGCGCGAAAGCUGCCGCAGCGGUGCCCUCUGGUACGACUACGGACUCUUCGCCUCCCCAGAUCCCUGACCCCUGCCUGUACGAUAGUAUUAGUUCGUGUAUCAUUCCCGAAUUGAACCCAUCUAGCUCGCAUUUCCGCGUCAGUGUGAUUCUUAAAGGCAGAAACCGCAGUGUACGUUCCGCAGCUAUGAUAGACAGUGGGGCAACAGCCCUUUUCAUCAGCCACCGUUUCGUAAAGAAGAACAACGUUUAUUUACAUAGGCUAGCUAGAGACAUUCCCCUCUACAACAUC